AUGCUGUUACUGAAUUUAUUUAUACUGUCACUCGUCAAUUUGUCUCUUGCAUUCCGAAAGCAAGGAGUGGCUGUGAAAGGAAAAUUGAUCUGUGGUGAUAAGCCUCUACGGAAUGCUAAAGUCAAAAUAUAUGAUAUAGAUAGAAAUCCCGGAGAUCGAGACGAUUUACUGGAUGAGAAGUACACUGACAAAGAUGGCGAAUUUGCUCUUACUGGAACCACCAGAGAACUGACGGAUAUCGAACCGGUGCUUUACAUCUACCACGACUGUGAUGAUGGUAUUAGGCCUUGCCAAAAACGGAUCACAAUGAUUGUGCCGAAGCGGUUCAUCCACGGUGGCACACCCAAGGAAUGGUUUGACGUUGGUGUGCUCAAUGUCGAAAUGACCUUUCCUGAACAGGAUCGAAGCUGUAAUCAUUGAUCGAAGUGAGCAUGCAAAUCUAUC